CUUACUUCUCUUCGCUUUGCUCCCUCUCCUCCAGUCAUGGCGCCUCGGAGGUUCUUCCUCCCCAUUGCGUUCGCUGUCAUCUUGCUCUUCUCCCACGUCCUUGCUCGCGAGAUGGAAGAGAAACCAGCGGCUGAAGAAAAGAAUGACAAUGUGAACAUUGAUGAUGAGAAAUCACUUGGCACUGAUCAGUUUGGUCCCGGCCCACGCGGUGGCGGUCCGUUUGGUCCCGGCCCACGCGGUGGCGGUCCCUUUGGUCCCGGCCCACGCGGUGGCGGUCCAUUUGGCCGCGGCCCGUUUGGCCGUGGCCCUGGGGGCUGCCGAUUCUUCUGUGGACAGAGGUGCUGUUCCGAGGAAGAGUUUGCCAUCUUCAGCUCUGCCUCUGCGGAUCAUACUGAUCAAUUUGGUGGUUGGGGUGGACCCGGUGGUGGAUUCGGAGGUGGCAGGGGAUAUGGAUAUGGACCUGGUUAUGGAGGUGGGCGUGGUGGAUAUGGAUAUGGGCGUGGGUAUGGAGGUGGAUUUGGUCGGGGAUAUGGGCCUGGAUCUGGGGGUGGAUUUGGUCGGGGCUGCCGGUUCAUGUGCGGGGGCAUGUGCUGCUCUGCUGAGGAGUACGCCAAAUUUGCUCAGAAUGGGAACUAAGGUCGCAAACAGGUUGGAUCUGCGGCAGCUAGUUCCACUAACGGCUCGAACCGGAUUCUCUAGCAAGCAAACAAAUUGAACAAGAUCCUCAAACCAGAUCCAACCCAUUCGCAACCCUCUUAAGUAGCUAGCUAGCGAGACUGUUUCUUUGCCAGCUCUGAUGCUCUAUGUAACUCUUUUGCAUGUCGGCUACUGUUGGUGCAUUUGAAUAAAAGCAUGCAGUUUCAAA